UUUGCUGAUAAAUACAGGCUCUCUAAUUCACCAGUUCAUUACACAAACUAACUUAAUUGCAUCAACUCUCUAAAAAAACCAUUUCAAUGACGCCUCAAGCCUUCUCCCUCUCUAUUCUUCUCUUCCUUGUCUACUUCCACCACACCGCUGCCGAUUACGGAGGCUGGCAAAGCGGCCACGCCACCUUCUAUGGCGGAGGUGACGCAUCUGGCACAAUGGGAGGAGCAUGUGGAUAUGGAAAUUUAUACAGCCAAGGAUAUGGAACAAGCACUGCAGCUCUAAGCACAGCGUUGUUCAAUAAUGGGUUGAGUUGUGGAGCUUGUUUUGAACUGAGUUGUGAUAAUGACCCGAGAUGGUGCCUCGCUGGUUCAAUUAUUGUGACGGCUACAAACUUUUGUCCACCUAACUUUGCUUUGCCUAAUGACAAUGGCGGGUGGUGCAAUCCUCCUCUCCAACACUUCGACAUGGCUGAGCCUGCUUUCUUGAAAAUCGCACAAUACCGCGCUGGAAUAGUUCCUGUGUCAUUUAGAAGGGUUCCUUGCAUGAAGAAAGGAGGAAUAAGAUUUACAAUAAAUGGGCACUCAUAUUUCAACUUGGUUUUGAUCACAAACGUUGGUGGAGUCGGAGACGUUCGAUCAGUUUCGAUCAAAGGGUCUAGAAGUACUGGGUGGCAAGCCAUGUCUAGAAACUGGGGCCAAAAUUGGCAGAGUAAUUCAUAUCUCAAUGGUCAAAGCCUCUCUUUUCAGAUUACCACCAGUGACGGUAGAACUGUCACUAGUUAUAACGUGGCGCCAACUAAUUGGCAGUUUGGCCAAACCUUUGAAGGAGGUCAAUUUUAAAUAAGAUUUAGCAAAAGAUGUAUAUUUAUAUUUGGCUCUUACGAAUGAAUGAGUUUGUAAGAUCUUACAAGAUUGUGUAGUGAAAGGGUGGAAAUGCUGAGGUGCUAAAAUAACAGCACCCGCUCACAUAGCUUUAAGAGAAAUAAUAAUAUUAUUAUUAUUAUAAA